AUGACGGACCAGAGUUGUAGCAUACAAGUUGUUUUUGGUGGUCACAAGUAUGUUGUUCCUCUGCCUUCAAGUUGCGACGCGACGUUGCAAGACCUAACGAAGUCAAUUGAGAGCGUAGUGCACAUUCCAUUCCACAAACAAAGGCUAAUAUACAAAGGAAGAUCUUUAGCAGAUCCUGAUGCCCUAAUUUCUUCUUGUGGUCUUACUCCUGGAUCUAGAGUUAUGGUUCUUGGUUCAGUCGAAAAGCUUGACCCAGAUGAAGCGGAAAAGAUUACCAAAGCGAAAAGCGCAUCUGACUCAAUCAGUUUGGAAUUAGAGAAUCUCUCAAGAAAGCUGCAUAACAUCAAUGAUUCCAACAAUUCGGAGAUAACAAUGCACGUUAAGUCUACGAUUGACAUUAUGGAACGCUGUAUGCGUACUCUUGAGCUGUUGGACUCAAUGCGAUUACCUUACGAUUGCGAAAACGAACGCACUUGUCGUAAACAAUUGGUGGACACAAUUCAAGAAUUUCUUGUGCAAGCGGACAAGUUGAGAGGUAAAUUUUUAAAGUUGACAAAAGUCAAAGAUUGA